AUGGCACCUCACACUCUUCAGUGGGGGCCCAUGGCACCCCAACACUCUUCAGUGGGGGCCCAUGGCACCCCCACACUCUUCAGUGGGGGCCCAUGGCACCCCCACACUCUUCAGUGGGGCCCAUGGCACCCCCACACCUCUUCAGUGGGGCCCAUGGCACCCCCACACUCUUCAGUGGGGGCCCAUGGCACCCCCACACUCUUCAGUGGGGCCCAUGGCACCCCCACACUCUUCAGUGGGGGCCCAUGGCACCCCCAUACUCUUCAGUGGGGGCCCAUGGCACCCCCAUACUCUUCAGUGGGUAUUUUCUAG